GCGGGCGCCAUUGUGCUGCGGAGCAGGCCGCGGCGGUGGCAGUUGCGGUUCUGCUGCGCCGCGCCCCGCGCCUUUCUCGCCGCCUUUCUCUCCUUUCCUCCUUCCCUUUCUCUUUCUUCUCCUUCCCCUCCCCCUCCCCGCUGCGCCGCGGACAUGCCGCGCGUCUACAUCGGCCGCCUGAGCUACCACGUCCGCGAGAAGGACAUCCAGCGCUUCUUCAGCGGCUACGGCCGCCUGCUCGAGGUCGACCUCAAAAAUGGUUACGGCUUCGUGGAGUUCGAGGACUCCCGCGAUGCCGACGAUGCCGUUUACGAGCUGAACGGCAAGGACCUGUGCGGGGAGCGCGUCAUCGUGGAGCACGCCCGCGGCCCGCGCCGCGACAGGGACGGCUACAGCUACAGUAGUCGCAGUGGGGGUGGUGGAGGCUAUAGCAGCCGGAGGCAAUCUGGAAGAGAUAAAUACGGACCCCCCGUGCGUACAGAGCACAGGCUGAUUGUUGAGAACCUUUCCAGUCGCUGUAGUUGGCAGGAUUUAAAAGAUUUCAUGAGGCAGGCUGGGGAGGUAACCUAUGCAGACGCUCACAAAGAGCGUACAAACGAGGGAGUGAUCGAGUUCCGCUCCUACUCCGACAUGAAGCGUGCCCUGGACAAGCUGGAUGGCACAGAGAUCAAUGGAAGGAAGAUCAGGCUGGUUGAAGACAAGCCAAGGUCAAGCCACAGGCGCUCUUACUCUGGCAGCAGGUCAAGGUCACGCUCUAGAAGACGAUCCAGGAGCAGGAGUCGCAGGAGUCGGAGCAGCCGCAGCAGGUCCCGGAGCGUCUCCAAAAGCAGAUCGAGGUCCAAGUCCAGGUCCCGAAGCAAAGAUCGCUCCCGGUCUAGAUCCAAAAGCAGGAAGUCCAGAUCCAAGAGCAAAUCCAAAGCCAAGUCUGACCGGGGCUCCCGCUCCCACAGCAGAUCCAAGGAGAAGUCAGAGAAGUCUCGCUCCAGAUCCAGGUCCAGGUCUCGGUCUCCCAAAGAAAAUGGUAAAGGAGAUGCUAAGUCUAAGUCCAGGUCAAGGAGUAGGUCCCGUUCCAACUCUCCACAGCAGCAGCCAUCUGCCAAGGCUCGCUCAGAGUCGCCACCCAAAAGAGCUGCGUCAAGGUCCCGCUCCAGAUCCCGUUCAAAAUCUCGCUCAAGAUCAAGAUCUAGCUCAAGAGAUUAAGAGCAGACCUCUCCUCCUCCCUUGCACACUGUCACAGAACAUUUUCCUACUUGUCAGGCCAUUAGUGUUAUGUUAGUACUUCAGAAGCUGGGGGUUGUUUUCUCUUGCAGGAGCGGAUGGCCUAAGAACUAAGUCACGAGGCUUAAAAGGUUUCCUUUGUAUCCCAGUUUGGCCAGGCUGAGGUGGGAUGGUUGGUAACAAAAAAAAAUCCCCUUUUUGUAGAAAUCCAGCUCAAGAGUUUGAUUUUAUAGCAUUUCUGCAGGAGUAACUUCCCUACUCUUCAGUGCAAAGUGGUUUUUAUAUUAAAAAUAAACUGAAUCUAAAGAGGCUUCA